AUGGAUCUGUCCGACCUUUCCUUCCCUCUCUCCUCGGCCGAUGACCUCUACGAUGACCCCUGCUUCAGCACGGGCGACAUGAACUUUUUUGACGACCUGGACACCCGGCUGCUGCACGCCGGCCUUCUCAAACCAGAGGACCAUCUUCAUCAUCAUCACCACCACCACCACGUCCCCAUCGCAGAGGAGGAGGACGAGGAAGAGGAAGAGGAGGAGGAGGAGGAGGAGGACGACGGGCAUGUGAGGGCCCCGGGAGGCCUCCACCAGACGGGGCGCUGCCUGCUUUGGGCGUGCAAGGCCUGCAAGAGGAAGACGUCCAGCGAGGACCGGAGGAAAGCGGCCACGAUGCGUGAGCGGCGGCGUCUCGGGAAGGUCAACGACGCCUUCGAGACCCUGAAGCGCUGCACGGCGGCCAAUCCCAACCAGCGGCUGCCCAAAGUGGAGAUCCUGCGGAACGCCAUCAGCUACAUCGAGUCCCUGCAGACGCUGCUGAGGGGAGGACGGGACGACAACUUCUACCCGCCGCUGGAGCACUACGGCGUGGACUCGGACACCUCCAGCCCCCGAUCCAACUGCUCCAACUGCUCCGACGGCACGAUGGAUUUCAUCUCCCCGUGUUCCUCCAGAAGUGAGAACAGCAACAGUUCGUACUGCAGACACACCGACGAUUCCAGCAGCAGUAAACCGUCGCUGGUUUCCAGUUUGGCCUGUUUGUCCAGCAUCGUGGAGCGGAUCAGCACCAAUCCAGCUGUGGCCCCCCCGGGGGACAGCGUGGUGCCCCGAGGCCCCGGAUCGCCUCAGAGCAGCCCUGCAGGAUCCAGUUCCUCUGCUGAACCAAACAGCAUCUACGAGCCGCUCUGA